AUCAUCUCCGCUGGGCUCCUUCCUCUCUAUUCCUUCCUCCUUUACUUCUCCCCUAUCCUAUCGCCGCCGCCCCAUGCAGGAUUAAGCCGCAGCCAUGGCUUCCGAGCGCCCGCGAUCCCGUGCGUCCUCCUACUGACCGCUGCCAUCCGCCUCUAGCGUGCCACUAUGCGUUAACCCGGACGGAUCCGAGUUGCUCCACGCCUAAUCUGCACGUGCCACAUCUUCAUGUGGUGCUCCGCCACCUGGAUGCCUUCCCGACGACGGCAAGCCCUGCGCUGCCGCUCCUCUCGCCCGUCAGGUCCGACCCCGCCCGGAGCCCUACACCACCCCCGGCGUCUUCCUAUGGUGAUUCGAUCCCAUCCGAUGGAGGCCACGUCUUCGUGUCGCAGCUCAACCUUCGUGUGGCAGCUCAAACACAUUGAAGGUGGAUAUUUGGAGGGUAAGAAAGGCCUAAGUAAUUGGGAUAUCUACACCCACAAGCAAGGCACAAUUGAGGAUGGAAGCAAUGGUGAUAUUGCUGCUGAUCACUACCAUCGUUACAUGGAAGACAUCGAGUUGAUGCAUUCCUUGGGAGUGAACUCAUAUAGAUUCUCCAUAGCAUGGACACGAAUUCUACCAAGAGGCCGAUUUGGACAUGUAAAUCCAGAUGGUGUAGCAUUCUAUAAUGCCAUCAUCAAUGCUCUUCUGCACAAAGGCAUACAACCAUUUGUUACGAUAUUUCAUUACGACAUUCCACAUGAGCUUGAAGAGCGAUAUGGUGGAUGGUUGAGUCCAGAAAUCCAGAAGGACUUUGGUUACUUUGCAAAAGUAUGCUUCAGGUUGUUUGGCGAUCGAGUGAAAUUCUGGGUUACAAUGAAUCAGCCUAACUUAUUGGCAAAAUUUUCUUAUUUGAAUGGAUGGUUCCCUCCUGGUCAUUGUUCGAAGCCGUUUGGGAAUUGUGCCUUUGGAAAUUCUUCAAUAGAGCCAUACAUAGCAGGUCACAAUAUGAUACUUUCACAUGCAAACGCUGUGAGCAUUUACAGAAAUAACUAUCAGGAGAGACAAGGUGGAUAUAUUGGAAUUUCUGUCAGCGCAAGAUGGUAUGAACCAUUGCGAAAUACCACAAUCGACCAACUAGCAGUUGAACGGGCUAUAUCUUUCAAUGUUCCAUGGUUUCUGGACCCUAUAAUUCUUGGCGAUUAUCCUGCAGAGAUGCACAAAAUCUUGGGUCCAACCCUACCUGAGUUCACAUUAAAGCAGAAGAAGAAACUACAUGCAACCAAACUGGAUUUUAUUGGACUAAAUCAUUAUUCCACAUGGUAUGCGAAGGACUGCAUCUUUUCACCAUGUGAAAUGGAUCCUAUGGAUGGAGAUGCGCGGGUGUUGAGUUUAGUAGAACGAGAUGGGGUGCCUAUCGGUAAAGAGGAGCACCAUUCUUCUAUGAUGUUCCACAUGGGAUGGAAAAGGCGGUCAUGUAUUACAAACAAAGAUACAACAACACCCCAACAUAUAUUACAGAAAAUGGUUUUUGUUAACUCCACACCUGCUUGUACAUAUCAUGGACUGUGGGGCCUCCCCCACGGUUGUGCUCAAGCAAGCAAUAGCAGCAUGACUGCUAAAGAUUUUACUGGUGACACAGAAAGAAUUGAUUACAUCAGUGGCUACCUCACAUAUUUAGUCUCGGCAAUGAGGAAAGGAGCUGACAUACGUGGUUACUUUGUGUGGUCUAUCCUCGACGACUUCGAGUGGACUUCGGGAUACAAGGACAGAUUCAGGCUCUACCAUGUCGACUUUAAGACGCAGAAGAGAACGCCGAAAUUAUCAGCUGAAUGGUUCAGGGAGUUCCUCAAAGGUUCACCUGUGUCAAGAGAGUUCCAAAAUGGAUCCCAGCUGCAGCAGUACUAUACUUCUUGAGCCACUGAUGGUUCUGCCCGCACGUCGAUAUCAUCUAAAUAUAUGAAUGAUACUUCACAUAUUCAACUCACGAUUUGUAAUCCUGGAUACUAAGAAGUUGCGAAACAAAUGAGCAAGUUAGGAUUCGAAUCCACAAUGUAUUGGGUGUUAAAAUCUCCCCUAGCCACUGAGCCAGUUCACAGUUGCUCAAAGGGGGGAUUGGUUGGUUAUGCUUGUACCAUCCAUAUGUGCCACGAAUAUCAUGUAAAGUCGUACCUUAUUUCCCGUGCCUGAAUACUAUGCAAGGUCGUGAGUUGCAAGACAUCUUUAUGCGUGUGAACAAAUGGUCAAUAUUAAGGUUGUUAUCGUAAGAAUGUAGAGAUAUUUAUGUUUAUAAAUAAACCAUGCAUAGCGCAGCCUUUGCCCAAUCA